ACAGCAGAAAUUGCAUUAAAAACUAUGAAUAUUGACAUAUCAAAAUUAAUCAUUUCAAGUAAACUUCUAGAACAAUCUCAAGGUAGUUGGGAAGGUAUGAGUCGAGCGUUAGCUUUUACUCCCGAAGUAAUACAACAAUGGAAUGAAUUACAUUUUGAAUUUUGUCCUCCAAAUGGUGAAUCAAAACGAAUGGUACAAAAACGUGCUUUAGCAUAUCUAGAACCGAUUAUUGAACAAGCAAAAAAUCAAAGUCUAAAUGAAAAUCGUGAAAUAUCAAUUGGUAUUUUUACACAUGCAAAUUUAAUACAAUCUAUAUUACAAUAUUAUUUACAAAGUAAUCCAAAAUAUGCAUGGCUUAUUCAACAAAAUAAUACAGCAAUUAAUGAAAUUCUAUUCAAUGAACAUGGAAUAUCUGUUGUUAAAAUAAAUGAUGAUAGUCAUUUGAGAUUUUUAAUUCCAGAUAUGCAAAAUGAAUCAUUAGACAAUUUAUGA